GUAUGCACCAGGAGAUGGUGGUCCAGUAGUGCCUGGUGCUCAGCCGCGUUCGAAUACGAGCGGCCGCUGACGACCGACAGACCGGAGCGCACCCGGAGUUUUUUUAAAGAGAGUGGUGUGAACAGAUGAUAUUUGGUGGAUACGUAAUUGUUUGUUAUUGAUUACGUACCAGGUCACGAUUACAAAAAAAAAUAUGGAUCACAGGCAGAGAAGCGUCGCACCAAAUAGCAUCUUCGCAGAUCUCACUCAGAGUUGGCAUAUACCAAGACCCACACUAGCUCGCAGCUCUGCAAGCUCUGGGGGCUCGACACCCAGUAAUAACAGCACACAGAGUGCAAAAUCGGGAACGUUACUGUUAACAGCCGCAAAUUUAGCCAAAGUGGCCUCGCAGGAUGUGGAAAAGAAUCUAACGACGAAUAAGGAGCACAAUUUACAACUUUAUCUACAACAAGUUGGACCCGAUCAUUUACUGCCAUUUCACAAAGAUCUUACAAAAAAGCCUGACGGAGACACAGUUUCUGUUGCAAGUUCAACACAUUUUACUGUCAUCAACGUCAACUCGAGACCGCAAGUAAAGACGAGGAGUUUCUGCAGAAAGCAUCAGCUUACUAUACUCGUUGUUUCGAUGUCGAUAAUAUUCACGAUAGGGCUUUUAGCAGCCAUCAUUUUAUUUGAAAUGAGGGCAAACCACUUACGCAAGAUGACUUAAAUUGAAGAAAACUGCAAUAAUGUUUCUUCACGUUACCAUCGAAUUUAAAGAAGAUUAAACGCUUUAUUUAUAAGUAUUGCCAGUGUGAUUAGUUUUCGAUAAAAAUGCCUUUAAGGUGUAGAACAAAGAACUACAAAUCGUUACAACCAAUUCCGUUUGAACUUAAACACUAAUUUGGAUGCGACAUUGAAGUUGAACUAGUUAGUGUACCAGUGUAUAGUUAUCGGAAAAAAUUCCACACUGCCAAUUAGUAUUUCUUAAAUUUAACGUUUAAGUUAAUUUAUUUAUUAUUAUGAAGCGUUGCAGUUUGUGACGCUUAAAAUAAGUAGGCUAAUAUAUCAAGCCAUUUGAAAUACAGUAGACACUCGAUCGUGUGAAUAUCGCAUAAUGGAAACCCCGCAUAAUGUGACCAACAUCAUAUCAAUUAUUCUAGAUCACCGUAUACCUUGAACAAAACUAAAUCUUCAACAUUGGCCUUAAAGAUCAAUAUUUAAUCCCCCAUAUAUUUGGUACCUCCCCAGUCGUAUUAGCUGCAGGGAUGCUAUUUUAUUCUAUUCACUUUUUGGUUCGCAUCAUCAAAUGUCUACUGUAAUUGUACAUAAUUUAGACAUAAAUAACUAACAUUAAAAGAAUGUAGUGUAUCUUCAUUAGCACAGAAGUAUUUUGAUAAUGAGCUACACAUAAAUUGUGCCAAAUAAUUGAAAUAAUAUUAAUAGAAUAAAGUGCCGUAAGAAACUUUGUAGCAUCUAAAAUAUCAGUAUGUUUACAUUAGACAAUCUGUUUUCAUAAUUAAUUUGCACGUAAACAUUUAACGAAAAUGUACAAACACACAAAGAAAUCUUAAGUUGAUGUUUGUAUGCAUGCUAUCUAUAACAGGUGUAAAUAUACUGUAGGUUUUAUAAGCUUGUAUUAGAAUUCUGUGAUAUUUGUGAUGCAAAGUAAUAAAAAACAUGAA